UUUUUAGGGAAAAUAAAUAGGGUAUAAAAAGAGGAGUGAAUUUUUCGGAGAGCAUCAGUCGAGGGAACGCUCCAGUAGCCGAUCAUCUCCAGGAGAAUGAAGAAUUUUCUGAUAUUAUUGGCUUUUGUGGUGGCGAUUUGCGUCUCGCAACCUGUGAAUAAUGUCCAGAGGAAAAAUAUUGCCGGACAGAGCCCAGGGCAAGUGUUCCAGGGACAGGUUCCAGUGGAGCACGUGCAGGUUCCCGUUGGAAUAAUAUCGCAGGAUUCUGAGGUAAAUCCCGACGGCUCUUUCCACAACGUCUGGGAGUCGGAGAAUGGCAUCAGAGUCCAGGAGGAGGCGUCGGUGAAGCUCCUGAGAGACAAUACUGUCGUUCAGACGGUCGUCGGACAGGUCAGCUACGUUGAUCCCGAGGGCACGCAAGUGGUACUGAGGUAUGUAGCUGAUGAGAACGGAUUUCACCCUGAGGGGGAACAUCUUCCGACACCACCGCCCGUUCCAACAGGCAUUGCCAGGGGCCUGGAGUGGAUUCAAGCUCAUCCACCUGUCGAGGAGACCAAACCCCUGGAGGAGACUCCCACCCAGGGGGUGUCCUUCGAAGCCAAUCGCCGUAAUAAUUAAAUCUUCAAAUUCUCAAUUCUUCACAUGUCAUUUUUAGGAUUUGACUGCCUUGUACACUAGAUUUUUUUUAGUGCACAUUAAAAAUAAAGACAUCAACUAUUUUACGAAA